AUGCAUUCGGUUCCGGUGGCGUUGAGAACCCAGACAAGCCCGAGGUAUACAGCCGGCCCCUCGGCGAUGGGGUGGGCCCCGAGGCCCGGGUGCAGACUCGAGUUCAGGUCUUACUGUAACAGAAAUCCAUUGGCAUCACACGCGUGCAGUUUACAGGAUCGGGACUGCGGCUCGGGUCAGACCGUGCAAACACUCCAGGCAACGUGA